AGAAUGGGCAAAGGAAGAGCGCCAUGUUGUGACAAAACAAAAGUGAAAAGAGGACCAUGGAGCUACGACGAAGACCUGAAACUCAUCUCUUUCAUUAACAAGUAUGGUCAUGAGAAUUGGAGAUCUCUCCCCCAACAAGCUGGACUGAUGAGGUGUGGAAAGAGUUGUCGUCUUCGAUGGAUUAAUUACCUCAGACCUGAUGUAAAACGUGGCAAUUUCAGCGUAGAGGAAGAAGAAACCAUCAUUAAACUUCACCAGAGCAUUGGAAGCAAGUGGUCGAAGAUUGCUUCUAAACUGCCAGGACGAACAGACAACGAGAUAAAGAAUGUGUGGCAUACCCAUCUCAAGAAAAAAAUGAGCUCGCGCACCAACCUUAAUGCCGAUGAUGAAACUGGAACAAAAGGUUCUUUGAAUAGAGAAAAGACCUUUCAAGAGUCAUCCCCUAAUGCUUCUAUGUCUUUUGCUGGCUCCAAGAUUUCUAGCAAAGAAGACGGCGCACAGAUAGGUGAAAUGUUUGAGUAUAUAGAAGGUCAUAGCGAAGUUACGAGGACGUCAGAAGAGAUAGACAAACCAGAGCUGCUGGAGAUACCUUUUGGUGUAGAUCCUGAUCACAUAUGGAGUUUCAUUAAUGGUUACGAUUCUUUUGGUGGCUCCAAGAUUUCUAGCAAAGAAGACGGCGCACAGAUAGGUGACAUGUUUGAGUAUUUAGAAGGUCAUAGCGAAGUUAAGAGGACGUUAAAAGAGGUAGACAAACCAGAGCUGCUGGAGAUACCUUUUGGUGUAGAUCCUGACAUAUGGCAUUUCAUUAAUGGUUACGAUUCAUUCCAACAACCUGAGAACAGUUUGGCUCCAAGGGAUCAUCAAGACUCUCAAGAAGAUGAAGUUGAUAAAUGGUUCAAAUACCUGGAAACCGAACUCGGGUUAGAAGAAAAUGAUAGCCAACAACAACAACAAAAUGAUACUAACAAAGAAUCAAGUGACUGAUUAUCCUCGGUGAAGUCGGUGUACAAUAGAGAUAUAUUCUUAGCUCUUUAGUAAAAUAACAAGAUCAGGCAAAAGAUUUUCUUUGCAAAAGAUUGCUGUGUUGAAACCAUGUAAUCCUAUCAGCU